CCAUGGCGACGUGGUACAGCUUCCCUGCCAAGCAUCCUUCCCUCCAUUUUUUAGAGCACUUCAGACCAGCACAGCAGUUGAGAAGAUCAAGUCAGCUCCAGACUCAGGAGAGAGAGAGAGAGAGCUGUAUCGUCUGCGGUGGGGAUGACGGACUCCACGGUACGCUUCGGCCUGCUGUGCAGCAUGUUCGAGGCGAUGGGCCGGGACCGGUCGGCGGUGAAGAAGCGGAACCGGUUUCGGACAUUUUUGGAAAGGGUCUACACCGGCCGGGACUACUUCAGUGCUAUACGCCUUAUCCUCCCUUCCCUCGAUCGCGAGCGCGGUACUUACGGCCUUAAGGAGUCCGCUCUCGCAGCCGCGCUGGUGGAUGCCCUCGCCAUAUCCAAGGACUCCGAAGAUGCCCUCCGUCUUAUCAACUGGCGCAAGGGCGGGGCGCGCACCGGAGCCAACGUUGGAAACUUCGCACUCGUUGCCGCCGAUAUUUUGCAGCGGAGGCAGGGUUCGGCUUCCGGAGGGCUCACGAUCAGAGAGGUGAACGACGCGCUUGAUCAGCUUUCAUUGAGGGAGGGCAGGGGAGACAAAGCUGCGGUCCUUUCAGGUCUCAUUAAGAAAACAAAUGCAGUGGAAAUGAAAUGGAUUCUAAUGAUCAUACUAAAAGAUUUGAAGCUGGGAAUUAGUGAGAAGAGUAUUUUUCAUGAGUUUCAUCCAGAUGCUGAAGACCUUUUCAAUGUGACUUGUGACCUUAAGCUUGUUUGUGAAAAGUUGAAAGAUAAGGGUCAACGGCAUAAACGACAGGAUAUAGAAGUGGGGAAAGCUGUUAGGCCUCAGCUGGCUAUGCGGAUUAGUGAUGCUACUACUGCAUGGAAGAAGUUCCAUGGUAAGCAGAUUGUUGCAGAGUGCAAAUUUGACGGUGAUCGCAUUCAAAUCCACAGAAAUGGAAAAGAUAUACACUUCUAUUCUCGGAAUUUUCUGGACCAUACAGAAUAUUUACAUGGAAUGUCUGAUGCUAUUUUGCAAAACAUUUUGGUUGACAGGAUUAUACUAGACGGUGAGAUGCUGGUUUGGGAUACUUCCACCAAUCGCUUUGCUGAGUUUGGUUCGAACCAGGAAAUAGCGAAGGCAGCAAUACAGGGAUUACAGGGUGAUAGGCAGUUAUGUUAUGUUGCUUUUGAUAUACUGUACGCUGGAGACACUAGUGUUAUUCACCAGAGUUUGACUGAACGACAUGAACUGCUUCAGAAAGUUGUAAAACCAUUAAGGGGUCGCUUAGAAAUUUUGGUGCCCAGUGAUGGUCUUAAUGUACGCUGUCCCGUUGGUCAGCCAUGCUGGUCUAUUAUUGUCAAUUGUGUGGAAGACGUUGAGAAGUUUUUCAAAGAAACAGUUGAAAACAGAGAUGAGGGGAUUGUGCUGAAAGAUCUUAGUUCAAAAUGGGAACCUGGUGACCGAAGUGGGAAAUGGUUGAAGUUGAAGCCUGAUUACAUACAUGCUGGUGCUGAUCUUGAUGUUCUUAUUAUAGGUGGUUAUUUUGGCUCUGGUCGUCAUGGCGGAGAGGUGGCUCAGUUUCUGCUUGGUCUGGCGGAGCGCUCUGAUUCUGGAAGUUUCCCCAAAAGGUUCCUUUCUUUCUGUCGAGUGGGUUCUGGUCUUUCAGAUGAUGAUCUUGAUAUUCUCAUUACGAGAUUGAAGCCCUACUUAAGGAAGAAUGAGUACCCUAAAAGAGUACCUCAUUUCUAUGAAGUAACAAAUAAUUCAAAAGAGAGACCAGAUGUUUGGGUUGAGAGCCCUGAUAAGUCAGUCAUACUCUCUAUUACCAGUGAUAUCAGAACAAUAAAAUCUGAGGUUUUUGCUGCACCCUACAGUUUGAGGUUUCCACGCAUACAACGUGUGAGAUAUGACAAGCAAUGGCAUGAGUGCCUUGAUGUUGAAUCAUUUAGGGAUUUGGUGCAGUCAAGCAAUGGCACUACGCAAAGGGGAGUAAAUCAAGGAGCUUUGCAACUCGUUAAUGCCAAGCCUAAAAGAUUAUCAAGGAAGGGAGAGAAAACAACCAUUUCUGUCAUUACACCCCAGUCUAUCCAGUCUGACAUCUCUGUUGUAAAGAAAACGUUGAUAUUUGCAAAUAUGAUGUUCUAUUUUGUGAAUGUUCCCCCAUCUUCUUCAGUAGAUUAUUUCCACAAACUAGUGAUUGAGAAUGGAGGAAAUUUUUCCAUGAAUCUUAAUGAUACAGUAACUCAUUGCAUUGCAGCUGAGAAAAAAGGCAUCAAAUAUCAGGCGGCCAUGCAUCAUGGUGAUAUCAUCCAUUAUUCUUGGGUUUUGGACUGUUGCAAUAAGAAGAAAUUAGUGCAUAUACAACCCAAGUACUUCUUGUUUUUUGCUGAUUCUUCCAAGAAGAAGCACCAAGAGGAGAUUGAUGCAUUCUCUGAUUAUUAUUACUGGGACAUUGACAUCGAAGACAUAAAACAGAUAUUUUGCAAUAUGAUUGGAUCUGGAAAGUCCAAAAUGAUUGAGAAUUACAGGAAGAAAUAUCUUCCAGUGAGAAGAUUGGGCUUGUUUCACGGUUGUUUCAUUUACUUGCAUGAAAUGCCUGUCAGGAAUACCGACUUAAAAGUUAUAUCAGAGCUGGCCGUAAGAAGGAUGAAACUUGAAAUUAACAUGCACGGGGGUAAUGUUUGCAACGAUCUUGAAACUGCGACACAUUUAUUAGUUUAUGCAGUGCUUGGAUCACAUGACUUUGAUGAGAUACUUGAAAGCAUUCCAUCAAAUCAACGCCGCCUUUUACACCAGAAGAAAUUAUAUGUUUUGGUACAUAAUUGGUUAGAAGAUUCCUUGGAUAAAAGUGUCAGGUUACCUGAAAAUGAUUAUAAUCUAAAGCCAGAUUCAUUGGAAGAACUGAUAGUUGAGGAAAAAAGCAAUCCGGCCUUCCCAGCAAUCAAAUGUGAAGCUGAAGAUCAAAACUCUGCUGCAUCUGGAAAGAGAAAAAGAGGGAGACGAGCUGCAGGAAGAGCUAAUGUUGGAAGACCAGUUCACAGACCUACCCGUCGAACGCGGCCGAAGAUUGGGAAGCGUUCAGUAAAGCUGGGUUCGGAUGGUUCUGAAAGCAGUGACUGUUUGGAAGCAGCUCCAUCAAAACAUGCCAAAGAUGAAAAUUUAACUGGCCAAGUCCAGAAAACUGCAAGUGAAAUACAAGAUGAAGCUGAAAGGAAACAAGAAGUUUCAGAUAGGCCUGUAGAACAAAGUGAUUCUAUGAAAUUUCUGGAAAUUGGAAGUAAGUCGGGAGAUAAAUUGGAGGUAAGGACUGACCCAAUUCAUGCAAUGCUGUUAGAUAUGAUACCAAGUCUUAGCCAAACCCAGAAAAGGCAUCGAGAAGAUGUUGACGUUUCUAUCAAUGAGGAUAAGAAACCACAGCAGGAGACGAAUCCAGUGAAGAAGAAAGUAAGCUACAAAAAAGCUGCAGAUGAGCUUCUUAAAGAUUGGUGAUUGGGGCGGAUGAGAUAGUUGAAGUUGUAAGGUAACAAUCCAAAUUUUUGAACCAUCGAGAUAUUAUCUGCUUUGAUUUAUCACCUUAAUUUAAUGAGCUUCAAGAUUAUGAGACAAA